CCUCAUCCUCGGCCCCACACGGAGGGGGCGGAGCCAAGCGGAAGGCGCGCGGCUUGUGCGUCACUUCCGGUGAGUCUAGCGGCGACAACGGUAACAUGGCCCUGAACGGCUCUGAAGUCGACGACUUUUCCUGGGAGCCCCCGACCGAAGCGGAGACGAAGGUGCUGCAAGCGCGGCGGGAGCGGCAGGAUCGCAUCUCCCGGCUCAUGGGCGACUACCUGCUGCGUGGUUACCGCAUGCUGGGCGAGACGUGCGCGGACUGCGGGACGAUCCUCCUCCAAGACAAACAGCGGAAAAUCUACUGCGUGGCUUGCCAGGAGCUCGACUCAGACGUGGACAAAGAUAAUCCGGCUCUGAAUGCCCAGGCUGCCCUCUCCCAAGCUCGGGAGCACCAGCUCGCCUCUGCUUCGGAGCCCCCCUUGGGCUCUCGGCCUGCCCCUCAGCCCCCAGUACCCCGUCCAGAGCACUGUGAGGGAGCUGCAGCAGGGCUCAAGGCAGUCCAGGGGCCGCCCCCUCCUGCUGUGCCUCCAAAUGCAGAUGUCGUGGUCUGCACACAAGAGGCUCUCCUGCAGAAACUGACCUGGGCCUCAGCAGAGCUGGGCUCUAGCACCUCCCUGGAGACUAGCAUCCAGCUGUGUAGCCUUAUCCGGGCUUGUGCUGAAGCUCUGCGCAGCCUGCAGCAGCUGCAACACUAAAGA